AUGGCAAAAGCUAUACCAAGAAGUGGUUCACGUAAGAAUAGACAUACGGGUUCACGUAAAAAUGCACGUAGAAUACCAAAGGGAGUUAUUCAUGUUCAAGCAAGUUUCAACAAUACUAUUGUAACUGUUACCGAUGUACGGGGGCGGGUAAUUUCUUGGUCCUCCGCCGGUACUUGUGGAUUCAAGGGUACAAGAAGAGGGACACCAUUUGCCGCUCAAACCGCAGCAGGAAAUGCUAUUCGGACAGUAGUAGAUCAAGGUAUGCAACAAGCAGAAGUCAUGAUAAAAGGCCCGGGUCUCGGAAGAGAUGCGGCAUUAAGGGCUAUUCGUAGAAGUGGUAUACUAUUAAGUUUCAUACGAGAUGUAACCCCUAUGCCACAUAAUGGCUGUAGGCCCCCUAAAAAAAGGCAGAAAGUAAUAGUAUCUACUCGGCCACUACAGUGGAAAUGUGUUGAAUCAAGAGCAGACAGUAAGCGUCUUUAUUAUGGACGCUUUAUUCUGGCUCCACUUAUGAGAGGCCAAGCCGAUACAAUAGGCAUUGUAAUGCGAAGAGCUUUGCUUGGAGAAAUAGAAGGAACAUGUAUCACACGCGCAAAAUCCGAUAAAAUACCCCAUGAAUAUUCUAACCUAGUAGGUAUUCAAGAAUCCGUACAUGAAAUUUUAAUGAAUUUGAAAGAAAUUGUAUUGAGAAGUAAUCUGUAUGGAACGCGCGAGGCAUCAAUUUGUGUUAAGGGUCCUGGAUAUGUAACUGCUCAAGAUAUCAUCUUACCAUCUUCGGUGGAAAUUGUUGAUAAUACACAGCAUAUAGCUAACCUAACAGAACCAAUUAAUUUGUGUAUUGAAUUACAAAUUGAGAGGAAUCGUGGAUAUCGUAUAAAAACGCCAAAUAACUUUCAAAACGGAAGUUAUCCUAUAGAUGCUAUAUUCAUGCCUGUUCGAAAUGCGAAUCAUAGUAUUCAUUCUUAUGUUAAUGGAAAUGAAAAACAAGAAAUACUUUUUCUCGAAAUAUGGACAAAUGGAAGUUUAACUCCUAAAGAAGCACUUCAUGAGGCCUCCAGAAAUUUGAUUGAUUUAUUGAUUCCCUUUUUACAUGCAGAAGAAGAAAACUUCCAUUUAGAAAACAAUCAACACAAAGGCACUUUACCCCUUUUUGAUUUUCAUGGUAGAGUGGCUAAACCAAGGAAAACGAAAAAAGAAAUAGCAUUGAAAUAUAUUUUUAUUGACCAAUCAGAAUUGCCCCCCAGGGUCUAUAAUUGUCUCAAAAGGUCCAAUAUCCAUACAUUAUUAGACCUUUUGAAUAACAGUCAAGAAGACCUUCUGAAAAUUAAAGAUUUUCGCAUAGAAGAUAUAAAACAUAUAUUGGACAUUCUAGAAAUAAAAAAGCAUUUCGCAUAAAUUUUAAUGAGUUUUGAAUCUUUAACAUCAGCCAUAUACUCGGAAUAUAUCAAAAAUAGAAUUGACUAACCGUAUCUAGGGAAAAUUCACUUUGAAGCGACUAUUCCCUAGAUACACACGUCGUAAUUUAUUUAUUUUAUUUCAAAAAAAAAAAUAAUAAAUAAAAAAUAAAUAAAAAUGGAAUCGAUUUAAAAAAGACCUAAAGUUAGGGAUUUAUCAAUAGGUAAUGUUGCUCCAAUACCCAACCAAAGGGCUACUGCCGUACCAAUCAAAAAGACGGUUGUCGCUACUGGACGACGAAAUGGGUUUUGGAAUUUAUUAACAUUCUCCAAAAAGGGUACUGUUAAUAAUCCCGCAGGUACUGAAACCAUUAAAAGAACACCCAAUAAUUUAUUUGGUACUGUACGAAGUAUUUGAAAUACGGGAAAAAAAUACCAUUCAGGCAAUAUCUCCAAAGGAGUUGCAAAUGGAUCCGCAGGUUCGCCAAUCAUUGAUGGUUCUAGAACCGCUAAACCUACGUUACAUGCAAUAGUACCUAAAAUUACUACCGGAAAAAUAUAUAAAAGAUCAUUGGGCCAUGCAGGUUCUCCAUAAUAAUUAUGACCCAUCCCUUUAGCCAAUUUAGCUCUUAAUACAGGAUCGUUCAAGUCAGGUUUUUUUGUUAUUAGGAUAGGUGAAUUAUUCUCGAUCCAUCCCCCGAAAGAACCGGACAUGAUAAUUUUUCAUCAUCCGGCUCGAGCACGAAUCAAAUGAACCAAAUAUACCCAUAUAAAAAAAUCGAUAUGCUAGCCAUAUCCACACAUAUAUGAAUGAUUCUAUAUAAGUAAAAAUUUACCAGUUUAGUUUCCUUUUCGGAGUUUCAACAAUCAGACAUUGCCCAAAAUCCAGUUCUUACAGAUAAAUGCUCAAUACCCAAGUAGGCUUGCAAGGUUGAUUAUAAUCAAGUGCUUUAUGGGUCGUCUCAGACCUUUCAAUUGGGCUUUAUCCCCCCAAAUAGCGAGACUUUUUGUAUACAAAGAAUUUACUUGUUACUAAUUGAAUUUAGCCUCUGUUCUUCUUUAGAUCCCUUGUUUCACUCCGAUAGUAUAAUAAAUCAAGUCAAUGCAUAGGAAAUGAAUCCAUUUACAUACUAUUAAGUAAGUGAAAGAUAUAAAACAUAAUCUAAUCAAAAUUAUGCCACAUCACUUAUUCUUUCGACUGGAUCUUACGGAGCCUGUUCAUACAUGACAUGAUCGAGUCUGAUCAUAGAAAAAAACAAUUCUCUUCCAACGAACCACCUUAUCCUCUAUAUCGAGCUUUCGCGGUGGUUGGAACAAAGACACAUUUUUAUUUUGAAUUGAAAUGUGGCAGAUAAGGACAUAUAUUCUGCACAAACCAAUCAAUAGUUCAAGUCACACACUCCCAUAAUCCAUUUUAUCUUUAGAGAAUUCACUUCAACUAUGAGUGUCAAAUAAAUAAUUACUUUAUUUAUAUAUUUGGAGUUGAAGAGAAAUAUCCAAAUACAUGUCUUAUUCUUUUCAAUAAUCCAUAUUUAUAGCAAUGAAAUACUGUUGGGCCUACCCCAUGUGAUAACCAAUUGAUUACAAAUAGUAUAAUAUAGCCCCUUUAUAAAGGACCGGAAAUACCUUGCUUACGUAUCAUUAGGAAGUGCAUUAACAUAAAUACGGCAGUAAGAAGAGGUAAUACAAAAGUGUGUAAACUAUAAAAACGAGUUAAAGUGGAUUGUCCCACACUAGCACUUCCGCGCAAUAACUCUACCAAGGGCGAUCCUAUUACAGGAAUAGCGUCCGGUACACCUGUUACAAUUUUUACUGCCCAAUAACCUAUUUGGUCCCAAGGUAAGGAAUAACCAGUUACACCAAAAGAUGCGGUCAAUACACCCAAAACCACACCUGUAACCCAAGUCAAUUCACGAGGUCUUUUAAAGCCACCUGUGAGAUACACACGAAAUACGUGGAGGAUCAUCAUUAGUACCAUCAUACUUGCCGACCAUCGAUGAACUGAUCGGAUUAACCAACCAAAGUUAACUUCAGUCAUUAUAUAUUGAACAGAAGUAAAAGCCUCCGCAACGGUCGGGCGAUAAUAAAAAGUCAUAGCAAACCCCGUAGCUACUUGUACUAAAAAACAAGUAAGCGUAAUUCCUCCUAGACAAUAAAAUAUGUUGACAUGAGGGGGAACAUAUUUACUAGUUAUAUCAUCCGCAAUUGCCUGAAUCUCAAGACGUUCUUCGAACCAAUCAUAUAUUUUAUUGAGAUAGGUAAGCCAAAAAACUCCCCCUCUAAGAACCGUAUAUGAAAAUUUCAUCUCGUACGGCUCAAACAGAAAGACCAAAAUACAAGUUCUAUCGGAUAUGCCUUCGAAACUUCCUAAUUGUAUUAUUUACUCUUUUCUAAAGAAAAGAUAAAGAAAGAAUACAAAAACUGUUUAUUAUGGUUAUAAUGCCAAAAUCUCAAGUCGGCUCAUUUAUCUCUAUGUUGAUCAGGCCUCUUGAAUCUUCUAUUUCCCUAUUUUAUUUAUUUAUUUGUGUGUAAUGAGACUUUAUUAGUGUUUUCUUUAUUAUUGAUAGGAAUUCUCUUGUUAAGACCCUAUGAAUCAAUUAAAACCUCAGAUUCAUACUAAAACCACGAUGAGUCAAUAAAACCUUUUCAAACUAAGUCCAAAAAUUCCUUGAGUAAGAAUCGUUGGAUCACCACUUAUUCAAUGAAUAGACAUAAUGACUAAAAAUCAAAAGAAACCUUUGUACUUUGAUCAAAAUAAGCAAAAAAGGGAGUCCGGUCACGAGGUCUGAAUAUUAAGUUAAGAAUGAAUCAUAGUUGUAAUACUUUAGUAAGAUAUUUCAUAUAGUCCGUGCUUCAGAUACUAUCAUAGAAUGACAAUAUCCGACGAAGUAAAACCAUCUCUAGCAAGAUGACAGACCCGCUCUCUGUACUAUUCAUAGGAUCAAUUCUAACAAGUCACACACUCAUAUUCCGGAAAUACAGAAACAAAGAAAUUUCACGAUCGAACUACCAAAAUAGAAUGGGAUAAAAAUCAGAGAACUAAAAGCUUCACUUUGUAGUGAAAAGUGAGUUAAUAGUUUUUGUGAAUCUAAUUCAUUGAAAUUCCGUCUAGUAAAAUAGAAGAAUUAUAAAUCUCCAAAAUAAUAGAUAGGAAUACCGCAAAUAAAGCCAUUGCGAUACCCAUCAAAGGAGUAGUUCCCCACCCAGGAGCUACUUUACCAUAUUCUGAAUUCAAUGGUUUCAAUAAACUCCCUGCACCUGUUCGUCUUGAACCAGAUCUAGAACUACCCUCAACAGUUUGUGUAGCCAUAAAGCCUAUUUUCUAUUCAUUGAGAUCUGUUGACUUUGUAUACCAUUCCGUUGUAAAUAAAUGAUCUUAGCAUAGAUCUAUUGUGGUCUUUUAAUAAUAAUGGAAACAGCAACCCUAGUUGCCAUAUUUAUAUCUGGUUUACUUGUAAGUUUUACUGGGUACGCCUUAUAUACUGCUUUUGGGCAACCCUCUCAACAACUAAGAGAUCCAUUCGAGGAACACGGGGACUAGUUGAAGUAAUGAGCCUCCCAAUAUCGGGAGGCUCAUUACUUUCAAUCGAGAUAAUGAAAAAUCAUUUCAUUUUUUAGUUGGAACUUUAGGCGGUUCUCGAAAAAAGAUGGCGAAAAAAAUAAUUCCUAGAGUUGAGACUAAAAGGAAUGUAUAAACCAAUGCUUCCAUAGAUUCGAUCGUGGUUUACAAUUAUAGCUUCCAUACCUAGUUAUUUGAGUUGAGAUCGUCUUCCGGAUAAGAACAAAACAAGAGUAAAAGAAAAGACCUGGUAUUCUAUAAUCAAAAUCAAAUCCCAAAACUAAAGACAAAAAAUACCAAAACAAUAUUCUAUCAGACUGCUUGUCUUUUUGUAGUUGGAUCUCCAAGUUUUUGGAAUGCUCCAAAUUCUACUUGAGCAUCCAAAUCUGGGUCAAUACCAGCAAAAACAUCCCUGAACAAAGUUCUAGCACCAUGCCAAAUGUGCCCGAAGAAGAAGAGCAGAGCAAACGAAGCAUGUCCAAAAGUAAACCAACCCCUCGGACUGCUACGAAAAACACCAUCGGAUUUCAAAGUAGCACGAUCUAAUUCAAAAAUUUCACCUAAUUGCGCACGUCUAGCGUAUUUUUUCACAGUAGCAGGAUCACUAUAACUGAUUCCAUUGAGUUCACCGCCAUAGAACUCAACAGUUACACCUACUUGUUCAACACUAUAUUUUGAUUCUGCCCUUCGAAAAGGAACAUCGGCUCUAACAAUUCCGUCUCCAUCUACCAAAACAACCGGAAAUGUUUCAAAAACGUAGGCAUACGACGUACAAAAAGUUCACGACCUUCUUUAUCUUUAAAGAUAGGGUGUCCUAACCAACCAACAGCUAUCCCAUCCCCGUUGUCCAUUGAGCCCGCUCUGAAUAAUCCCCCUUUUGCCGGAUUAUUGCCGAUGUAAUCAUAAAAGGCUAAUUUUUCGGGAAUUUUAGACCAAGCUUCAGCUAAACUUUGAUUUUCGGCUAGCCCAGCACUAACUCGUCGAUAGAUUUCUUGUUGAAAGUAUCCUUGAUCCCAUUGAUAACGAGUGGGCCCAAAUAAUUCAAUCGGGGUAGUUGCCGAACCAUACCACAUAGUUCCAGCAACUACAAAAGCUGCAAAAAAGACCGCAGCGAUACUACUGGAAAGGACGGUUUCAAUAUUUCCCAUACGUAAUCCUUUGUAUAGACGUUGGGGCGGACGGACACUAAGAUGGAAUAGACCCGCCAAUAUGCCCAGGGUUCCCGCUGCAAUAUGAUGAGAAGCUAUUCCUCCCGGAACAAAAGGAUCAAAACCUUCCACGCCCCAUGCUGGAUUUACAGCUUGUACCCUUCCCGUUAGUCCAUAAGGAUCGGAUACCCAUAUUCCAGGACCAUACAAUCCUGUUACAUGAAAUGCGCCAAAACCAAAGCAAGCCACCCCUGAGAGAAAUAAAUGAAUUCCAAAGAUCUUGGGCAAAUCCAAGGAGGGUUUUCCUGUACGUUCAUCAGAAAAUAUUUCUAGAUCCCAAUACACCCAAUGCCAGAUAGCUGCUAAAAAGCACAAGCCAGAAAACACAAUAUGUGCACCAGCUACACCUUCGUAACUCCAAAUACCCGGGUUCGUUAUAGUUCCCCCUGUGAUACUCCAACCACCCCACGAAUUGGUUAUUCCUAAACGAGUCAUGAAAGGUAUAACGAACAUACCUUGUCUCCACAUUGGAUCAAGAACAGGGUCAGAGGGAUCAAAAACUGCUAAUUCGUAUAGAGCCAUCGAACCGGCCCAACCAGCAACCAGAGCUGUAUGCAUUAUAUGGACAGAAAUCAAACGGCCGGGAUCAUUCAAUACGACCGUAUGAACACGAUACCAAGGCAAACCCAUAAAAAUACCCCUUAUAUCAAUGAAAAAUAGACACUAUGUAACUUUAUUGCACUUUAAAAAAACUAUACUAGGGACCUUUCUUUUUUAGUGGAUUAUCUCGGGGAAAGGAUUCAUAUUUGUUCUAUUCUUUUAGUAAGAAUGUUUUUUAGUUUAGUAAUAAUGGAACAAUUUUGCUCGUAGGAACAAGAAGCAGAUUUAUUCUACACCCGAUAAGUACCAAGACGCAAUGGUCGGACGUUGAUCGCAUUUUAUCUGAGUAACUGCCUCUUUAUUUGUUCAUCAUUCAAAGGACCCAUUUGUAAGAAUUUGCCUUUUUUAUAAUAUGAACUAAACUUAUUCAAUCUAUGCUAUGUAUAAAAAAUGCUAAAAGAUACAAUAUUAUUAAGACAAUAAACCUAUUUACGCUUUCACAUCAAAGUGAGAUAUAGUACUUAAAUUUUUUUUCAUUUAAUGCCUAUUGGUGUUCCAAAAGUACCUUUUCGAAGUCCUGGAGACGAAGAUGCAUCGUGGGUUGACGUAUAGUGCGACUUGUCAGAUAUAUUGGGUCAUAUGGUAUUUCCCCGUUCUCUUCCCCGAUCGAGAUAUCCUCCCUUUCGCCCAAGAAAGAUUGAUUGAAUUAUCAAAAAUUUGGAGCGUGAAAUGCAAUGAAGUGCACUUAAAUAUAUUUUUUAGGGGGGUAUACAAAUUAAUAUUAGCAAUUCAAAUAAUUUAUGGUUGGCUUGGUUCGACCAAUAAAAUGAAGUAUCCAGGCUCCGUUUAGAAACAAAACAAUUGGUAAUAUAUCUAGGAUUUCUACUUAGAUGAUCAUAUUUUAUAUCAUAUUUUCUAUUAUAUUCGAUUUCUAAUUUCUAAUAUGAAUAGACGUGAUUUCAAAUAGAAUAUUUGGUAGGAGAUAUGAAAUAAAUUGAUAAAUUGAAAAAAAAAAAAAGAAGUCGUAGCAAAAAGACAUAGUAUUUGUCCAUUUGUCCUAUAUAGGCAAAUCCAAA